AUGAGACAUUCAGAUUGGACAAUACCAGAUUCAGAAUUUGAUCAAAAUGUACCUCGAAAUAGUAUUUGGUCACCAGAACCUGUUCGAACUAAUUCAAAUCCUAGUUUUCAACGUAUAUCUUCAAUUUCAACCAAUUUCGUCAAAUCAAAUGCGUGGAGUGAAUCAAUAAAUAUUUAUUCAAAUUCAAAAAAGUCACUUAUAUCACCAUAUUAUAAAGCUAUUCUGAUAGGCUUAUGUGUUAGUGUAUUAGCUGGAGGUAUUGUUCUUGCUGCAAUUAUGACUGUAUGGUUAAAAUCAACAACUACGACAACUUCAGUAACCACUACUACAAGCACGUCAACAUCAUCAACAAGUUCGACAACUUCAUCAUCAAGUACUACGAGUUCGACAACUUCGUCAACAAGUAGUACAAGCUCGACAACUUCGUCAACAAGCACUACAACUAGUACCUCUGCAACUACUUCAACAACUACUAGUGUCACUACAACAACUGUUGCUAUUAACAUAGUAUAUUCUGAAAGUUUUACAAGUGGCAUCACUCCAACGACUCAAUGUACUGCAUGGACAAGCUUUGUUGCUCAAUUAACAACUUUACCCUAUACAUUAUUAACAAUGAAUGGUACAUUAGAUUCAGUUGGAGUCACGAUAACUGAUUCUGCUGUGAUAGCUAAUAUUGCUUUAGCUUUACGGACGUCAACUUCAUAUGGACCAGUGACAACUAAUGGUCGUUUAUGGGCAGUUGGUGGUUGUGGAGGUGGAUCUGAAUUGAGUGCUAGUGGCUCUAUUUGUUCGUGUCCAGGUCCGGAUUAUAUUGUUCGACCAUGUAUAGGUAAUUCAAACUAUGAUGGUAUCAAAAGUAGUACUUGCGGUGGACCCAAUCAAGUAAUGUCUGUAAUAUUUCAAUAA